AUUAUCACCGCUGUUGUUUGCAGCAUAUAAAUUAACAAUUGUAUUACCAAUUGAAACUUUAAUGUAAUGGCUGAGAUUGUAAUAACCUAAUAACGAUCACGUUUAGUGUCUUAUUGGUGUGAACUUUAUUCCGGAAUUUGUGUUGCAUUGACAAAUGCUAUGUAGAAAUAAUGGCUAUGUCUUUCAAAUGGCAACAUCGCCUUUUAAUUUAAUAUGAGGCCUACAGUUAGAAUAUGCAGAAUUCAGAAAGUGCUUGUUUAUAAACUAAAGCGAAAGAUAGAAUAUGAGCAUCUGCUCUUAAAGUGGCGAGUGUUUGACUUUGACUUUGGUGUUCGUGUGUGUAUAUAGAAAGUGCGAGCAUCAGGCGUUGGCUUGCCAGCGAUGUCUGGCAUUACAUUGACCAAAUUAACUCAAGAACGAAUUUCCAUUCCAAACCACAAUGUCAUCACGAACGGCGUCGAAAACAUCAUAGAUAGUGACACGCUUAGUGGUACUCUGACUCAUCUUAUGGAAGAACAUCGCACGCGCGUGGGAGCGGUAACUGGACCAGAAGCAGCGACCACGUCUACAGACGGACUAAUAUCGAAUGGAGCAGAGCGACUGCGCCUUCAGGGCAGUCGGCUUCAGACCUCGCGCUUUGCUUGCUUUCGAUGUUGCGGAAAUAUUAUUACAUAUCUAGUAAGGCUGCGUAGUACCCCUGAGGAACUGGAGCAGCGUUACAAGUCCAAAGAGAUUGAUAAGUUCCUGGAUAAAGAAAAACACACAUUUCGACGUCAGGAUCAAGAUCAGAAGCCCAUCCUGGCCAUGUCCGUUAAACUGCUGCUUUUGGGUGCUGGGGAAUCUGGAAAAUCAACUUUUCUUAAACAAAUGCGAAUCAUUCAUGGGGUUAACUUUGAUUAUGAACUGUUGCUGGAAUACCAAAGUGUCAUAUACCAAAACGUUAUAAGAGGUAUGCAAGUCUUGUUGGACGCUCGCGAAAAAUUAAACAUUGCGUGGGGAAGUGACGGCAGAGAACAGGAUGCUUAUGAUGCCAAAUUAAUGGAAUGUAAUUCACUAGACGUACCCAAGUUUAUGGAGUAUGCAAUACCAAUAAGUCGACUGUGGCAAGAUCGCGGCAUUAGAAGAGCUUUUGAAAGAAGACGUGAAUUUCAAAUUAGCGAUUCUGUUAGCUAUUUCCUAGACGAGAUUGAACGGCUAGCUACACCUGAUUAUGUUCCAACGCACAGAGACAUAUUACAUUGCCGGAAGGCAACUAAAGGUGUUUAUGAGUUUUGUGUGAAAGUUCAGAACAUUCCAUUUGUGUUCGUCGAUGUUGGUGGACAGCGAACUCAACGUCAAAAAUGGACUAGAUGUUUUGAUAGCUCCGUAACAUCCAUUAUAUUUCUCGUAUCUAGUUCGGAGUUCGAUCAAGUUCUUGCGGAAGACAGAAAAACAAAUCGUCUCGAAGAGUCAAAAAAUAUAUUUGAUACAAUUGUCAACAACGCGACAUUUAAAGGAAUAUCAAUUAUUUUAUUUCUGAACAAAACUGAUUUGCUUGAACAAAAAGUUAGCAAUCCUGAGACUGACAUUCGUUGGUACUAUCCGCACUUCAACGGAAAUCCACAUUCAGUGUUAGAUGUUCAGAACUUCAUACUACAAAUGUUUAUGAGCGUUCGUCGCAGUAGUAGCAUAAGUAGGAUCUACCAUCAUUUUACGACAGCCAUAGAUACGCGUAAUAUUAAUGUUGUCUUUAAUUCUGUAAAGGACACAAUACUGCAGCGUAACCUUAAUGCUCUUAUGCUUCAGUAGUCACCCCCCUUUCUUAUAAACAAAAAUGUAGAGUAAGAAUUUGCAGUUCUUUUAAACAACCCAUGAACAGAAUUUUGCAAUAGUGAGACUGACACUUACUGAAGCUAUUUGCAAUUCAAAGGGAAAGGCACAUGGGUUUCAAUGCCUUGGACGCGUGAAGUUAAGCUACAGUGAAAUCCUUGGGUAACUAUGAUAAAUAACUAUAUAUAUAAAAUGAUAAAAACCGAGACUACAGCAUUUUAAUAUGCAUAUAGACUUAUUUAAACCCAUCGGGAAACUUAGUUAUCGUGGUUUGUGAUAUAAUAAUAUUAAUAACAAUUUUUUAACAUAUGCAUUUAAUAUGGUAGCAUAUAUUGAUUUAUAUUAAUAUUAUCGAUAUAUUAAAACGGAUGUUGGCAAUAUCAAAAAUAUUGUUUUUUAUGUAUUUUGCGUGCAUCUUCGUUUGGAAAAGCCAUUAACCAAUUUAUGUGAGAUUUUAAAAGCACAUGAAAUAUUUUUAAAUGGGCGUUAAAAGUAACAGGUAUUUUAUAUGGUAGUCUGUUCAUUUAUAUGAAAAUAAUUGAAAUAUUGAAGCGGACGUUACAAUAUACUACACAAAAUUGAUCGUUAAGUAUUUCGUAAGCGUCUUCGUUUUGAGUAGCUAAACACCGCUGUGCGUCAAAUUUGUAAAAGCAGCAGAUCUUUUUUUUACUUAGUUGUUAAAAGUAAUAUCGACUUCUAAUGGAAUGAUGUUACGGUAUUCCACACUUUAAAACGAAUUUAAAAUAAAUUAAAGAAUUAUAUGGAAAUUAAAUAUAUACGUCUAUCCAUCUAUAUCUGAUGCAAUGUGGUAGUAAUAAUCGGAAUUGGUAGUCGUAUUCAUAUCAGCUUUAUGUUAUGAAUAUCAUGUGUAACACAGAAAAUAAACGGAAGUUAUACCUACUAAGAAAGAGAAAGAUUUUUAAACUGCUCAAUAAAAUAAAGUUCCCAUUCUACA